AUGGGAGUUUCGCCACCGGCCGCUGUCAAACAAAAGAUCCUCGGUAUUGCGCGGAAUAUGAAAGUUGACCCGGAUGUCGGCGGCACCGCGCGUGGCGAAGAGGCGAGGCCUUCUCAGGCGUCUGUUUACGUACCUUUUGAGACGCCAGGAGGACAACCACAGCUGGCCCUUACCGGGCGGUCCAGGGAACCCGGAAACUGGACCCCCUGUCACAUUCCAGUCAGGUUCACCAGGUCCUACAUGCACCGCGAGUUGCGGAAAGUUGUGCUCAGCCUCGUUCUGCCGUCCGACUCCUCCCAGUACCCCUUCAGACUUUUACCCACCGACUACUUCCUCGCCCUCUGA